AUGGGCUCGGAGCAGUCCUCGGUGCCUCCAAAGAAGCAAACCCAAAGAGCCCCACCUGUGAGGAGGGGGCAUACUAUAGCUGUACCCAGUAUAUCAGAUCCUUCAAGAAGCAAUGAGUUACCAGCCAGUGGGAACAACUCUCCGGGCACCAGUAUAUGCUCAGACUCCGAGCUUCCAUACAUAUCAUAUACAGUGGAUCGACCUAUUGGAGAUUCACCCAAAGCCUCAGCGAAGACCCAGCGCAGUGCUGACAACAAGAAGUCGAUGCUACAGCGUCGCCAGCUGAGCCUACAAGCGCGGAAGAACAAGCGCGCGAGAGAUAUCGUAGUAGUCAAACAAGCCACUGAUGUCCAGCUCGAUGAAGACAUUCAGAGAUUACAGGAGAUACCAACGUUCCUACCCAUCAUGAGAGGUACCCUGGGCCUACCGGGUGCCAGAGACCCAGAGGUGUUAGAAGGCCUAGACUACAGGCCGUGGGUCCGCGUGACGAGCCGACUGCAGGCCCACCUCGCGGCCUGCGCGCAUCCCCUCGCCACCAUCGAAGGCGGCCUGGCGGGGAAAAUCAAAGAGGCUGACCAAGAAAUAUCACGCUUGUACUCUCAAAUGGUGGAUAAGCAGAGAGCUAACGCUCGCCACGCUGAGCGUCUGGCCCGCGUACACGAAGUAUCCCAUCAGCUGUCCAGGUGUAACUCAUUAUUGCAACAGACUCUUCAAGACAUAGAAGAAAUUAAUGCUCUCCUCCCCGAAGAUAAACGUUUAGAACCAUUUGUAUGGAGUACGGAAUAA